AUGUGGUGGAAGGUGGUUUUGGUGAUCAAGGGCCUUGAUCGCUUGAUCAUGGAGUUGAAGCUACCACCCACCGAUUCCUACCACCAGUCAAAUGUGUUCCGGCACUUUGCCGCGAGCAAAGCUACGUGUCAAGACCACUGGAGGUUCACAGUCGAAGAAGUAGAACAAAAACAGUUCCACAAUGACCUGCUGCGUCCGAAGGCUCGCAGGGUGACCUUUUUGCAAGUUUGUGGGACCAUCUGCUCUUGGCCAAUGAAGCCGAGCAGGGAAACAAAUUGGAGCUUUUCAAGCUCGACGACUUGCAGAUGGGAUGAUCACCUGGGCCUAACAGCGAGCAGACGCGCUCUCUUAGCCUUCUGUAAGUGUACAACGUAUGUUUGCUUUCGAGAUCCUCGACUGGGGGCCCACUCUGCUCACUGUCGUUGGGACAAAUUUAAACAUCCUCCUGGGGGACAAGUCGAGGAGACCGGCGUGGCCAGUGAAAACCGUUGA